AGUGGGCGUUUAUUUAAAAAAAGGGCGUGGUCACCUGCUCUAUGUGCUAGCUGGCUAGGCUAAGGAUGGGGAGUUGGCUAGCGGCUCUACGAGGCGGGAGGAGAAGAAAUGAUGAGCCACCGCAGCAGAGUGGACCCAGUAGAAUAACUGAGCAAGACAAGGCAGUACUGAACCUAAAGAAGAGCAGGGACAAGCUCCAACAGUACCAGAAGAAAAUUUCUGAGCAACUCAAGAAAGAGAGAGACAUUGCCAAGCAGCUACUCAGAGAUGGAAAGAAAGAGAAGGCCAAGUUGCUGCUGAAGAAGAAGAGGUUUCUGGAGGGAUUGCUGGCCAACACGGACACCCAGCUGGAGAACCUUCAGCAGAUGGUCGACACGAUCGAGUUCACUCAGAUCGAGGUGAAGGUGGUGGAGGGACUGAAACUAGGGAACGAGGCCCUCAAUCAGCUACACAAGAUCAUGUCACUGGAAGAUGUCGAGAAGAUCAUGGGUGAUACUCAAGAAGCAGUGGAAUACCAAAGAGAAAUUGACGAGCUCCUGGGACAGAACCUGACGGCGAGGACGAAGAUGCCAUCGCAGCAGAGCUGGAGAGUAUUAUUUCAGCUCAGCUACCUAGUGUGCCUAGUCAACCUGUCGAUCAGAUCAGUGCCGAGGACUUGCCCGAAGUCCCUACCGAGGACCCAGGAGAGCGAGCACAGAAAGAGGCAGAGAAGAGACAAGCUGUUCCUGCAUAGGCUGUACUAUUAUUGACAAAUUAUUGUUUUGCUGUUUUUAUAUUAUGAUCUUUCACGUCCAGAAUGUGUGUGAAAAAUGAUAUUAUGUACAUAUAUAGCAUCAUGUAUACAUACAUAAUCAGUAGUGAACAAAUAUCAACCACAGCCGACAUUUUACAAACGAAAUGGUGUGUAACAUUCUUGGAACAGUGUCUGCGCAUACAUGCAUACAUACAUACAUACAUACUAAUAUAUACAUACAUUGUAUGUACAAGAGUCUGUUACUCCUGGAAGAGAAGUUCGCAGGGUUUAUCAAUGACGGUGACUCCAGCGUAGCUGCGGCCCUGGGUGAGGCCUCCCUCUGCAAACUUCCACACCUCUGACACUGGGUCAAAUAUCUCGAUGGACGACAGGUUCGUUAUCCCGUUGUCCCCGCCCACUACGUAGAGCAUGUUGUGGACGACAACCGCCGCGGCGUUGCGACGCGGGGUGUUCAUAUCUGCCACUCGGGUCCACUUCCCGAGGUUGGUGUCAUAUCGCUCGACGCUGCGACGGAUGUCCGGACCGUUGUGACCCCCGAUUGCAUACAGGAGAUUAUCCAUGACAGCGACGGCUGCCCCACUUCGUCUCUGGAUCAUGCCCUCGAUGUAGGUCCACUUGUCCGUGCGAGGGUUGUAGCGCUCGACCGAGUUGAGGCAGAGACGAGCGACUCCGUCGUAGCCACCCACCGCGUAGAGGUAGCCGUUCAUGACUGCCACGCCCACACUGGACCGAGGGGUGCUCAUUGGUGCUACGUCCAUCCACUGCUUGGUGUCUGCAUGUGUGUGUGUGUGUGUGCGUGCGCGUAGAUGGAGAAGGAUAAUCGAGAAAGGGGUU